UGAGGUCAGUCUCACAGGCAGGGCGGAAGCAGGGGGUGGAACCUGCUGCUCUCUUAGGGAACGUCCUGAAAACGACUCCUUCGGACCUGCUCUAGCUUCGUUUUGACUUUUGGAAAAGCCAAGGCCACUGGAAACGGCAUGGGGUCCCUGCCGCGCACCCUGGAACUCUUCUACGACGUGCUGUCCCCCUACUCCUGGCUGGGCUUCGAGGUCCUGUGCCGGUAUCAGCACAUCUGGAACGUCAAGCUGCAGUUGCGGCCCAGCCUCCUUGGAGGAAUCAUGAAAGACAGCGGAAACCUGCCUCCACAAAUACCCCGCAAAUUGCAGUACCUUAGAAGUGACCUUCAGCUCCUGCGGCAGCACUUCCAGGUUCCCAUGCAAUUCCCGAAGGAUUUCUCUGAGAUUGUUAGAAAAGGAAGCGUAUCUGCCAUGCGAUUCGUCACUGCCACAAACAUGGAACGGCCAGAGAUGCUGACAAACGUAUCCAGGGAAUUGUGGAUGCGAGCCUGGUCACGGGAUGAAGAUAUCACACAGCCGCAGAGCAUCCUGGCGGCUGCAGAGAAGGCUGGUAUGUCUGCAGAAGACGCCCGAGCACUGCUCGAGAAGAUCUCCACACCACAGGUGAAGAACCAACUCAGGGAGACCACGGAGGCAGCCUGCAAGUAUGGGGCCUUUGGACUGCCCAUCGUCGUGGCGCACAUAGAUGGCAAGACACACAUGCUAUUUGGCUCUGACCACAUGGAGCUUCUGGCUCACUUACUGGGAGAGAAAUGGAUGGGCCCUGCGCCCCCAGCUCUGAAUGCCAGACUUUGAGACUGCCUGAUGGGAGCUGUCGAUCAUUCAAAAGAGCAGGCCUGUGCUUAGUCCCUUUUUCACUGCGUUGCCUAGCUGAAAGAAUUUAGCCCAUGUCCCUGCCAAGGUGUGAUCCUCUCCGCCCUCCUGAACGCCAAGAAGGGCAUCAUUCCAAUUGCAGUCUUUAUGGGAACUGCAUGGUUGUUCUGCAGAGAAUUAAAAAUAGAGCUACUGUAUGA